GCAGAACCCUCGUGCUUGUAGUCUUGUUUCAGCUUCGUGACAGGUUGCUGAUGUAAGUCAAGAGAGCUUCUGUGCAAUGAAAAUCUGCUGAUGGGGACUUGUUGAUGCUCCCGGCCUACAGCAACAACGCCUACGAGCCGGACGACGACCCCCAUGAGCGCCGCAGCAUGGACGACAGGUAUUACAAUCCUCGCGGGCGGAGUGACUAUGAAGGAGGUCGCCGCCAGAGGAGCAGACGGCGGGAGGAUUCCUUUGAGGAGAGGGGAGGACGAGGGAUUCCCAGGGAUCGGGAAUCCCACGCCAGGGGGUGGGACGCGCCUCAGAGGAGAAGGGAAGGAGCGUCGAGGGACAGGGAAGGCCUUCAGCGGGACCGAGGUGCCUGGGGCGGCGCGGGAUAUGGCGCGAUGGGCGGGGAAGCGCACGGGAAUCGGCACCAAAGGGAACGAGAUGAAGUCAGUGAAAGAUUUCGGGAAUAUUCCGGUCGGGGUCCUGAUCGCAGCCAAGCAGGCAGGGAGAGAGGCCAAGCGCGGAGCCAGGAAUACGAGAUGCAGGAGGCGAGCCACAGGCCAGCGGGUCGUGAGUCGAGGGAGCGCGGGGCGGAGGCGGCCCUGAGGAGGCGAGAGUUCCCGCGGCGACAAGACUUUUCCGUCGCGAUUGACGACGCUGAUGGGGGAUAUGGUGGCCAUGGAGGCUGGAGGUCGAGUCAUCAGUCUCCCCCUCGUGCUUUCAGGGGGGCUGACGCCGGCGCUUCAAGAUACGCUGACCGUCAGCCCGACCACGGGUACCACGACGCGCCGCGACGGGGACGAGGGCGAUGGGCGGGCGGGUCUGCAGGACAUGCUCCCUCUCAGCUGGACAAAAAUAAAGGAACUCUGCGCCUCCGGCCCCCCAGGAGGCAGUCCUCGAUCCGAAGGGAAACUCAAGUUGACGAAAACCAACCCGCAACGGAAGAGGAAGUUCUGGAAGUUUUGCGCACCCUCCGCGAGCAGUCCUGGAGCAUGGCCACUCGAAGGAAGCGCCGGACGGAGGCUCUGAGGACCCUGGAACAAAAACACAAGAAGUGGUAUUCGGCUCGACCAGUCACUUCCUUGGUCAUGCAGGGAAGCAGCACCGUCAGCAACAUCAUGCAGACUCUAAGUCCGUGGGGAGGUAUUCUGAAGAGGAUCGAGGGGCGACACGGGGCGAGCGUCGUUGCCGUCUUCAAUUUCCUGCGCGACAUGAUUCAGCUGAACCUCCUGUUGCUCCUCCUGUUGAUCGGCGGCGUCGUUAUCCCGUCAAGCUACUUUGUCAGCGACGAUGGCGGCUCCCAAGGAUUCUCAUGGAGCCUCAACGACACAAGGAAUCUGUGCGUCGGGAUACAGCUCGACUUUGACAACCAGACGUAUGACUGUAACAAAAACUACACGGACAUGAUACAGCAGGAAGUAGACAGGAGCGCAAACGAUAUCAUCGUCCUAGUGGGCGACUUUCUUCAAGGAUCAGGAUUCCUCGAGUGGACCUUCCUUUUCAGCGGCAGAUACCCGGCUGCCAUAGAAAGUGAGAGCUACCUCGUGAGCCUGGCCUAUAUCCUCACGAUGCUCGUGGUCUACUUCAUCUCCAUCGUGUACGUGGUCUAUUUCGUCGCCAAGUUCCUGCGUCAGUCCUCUGUCUCCCAGACGGACUACGGCAUGACCUUCUCGAAGAUCGUUUUCACCGGCUGGGACUUCACGGUGAGCGAGAAAGACGCCGCCGAAAUCGAAAGAAAUCUCGUGGUGUGCGAGGUAAAGACAGCCUUCGACGACGUCGACUACAGGAGUAAGCAAAUGAGUCUCACGAGCAGAGAUUUGUUCAAACUCUACCUAACCCGUUUCAUUAUCAAUGUGGCAACCUUUUCUCUGAUCAUCGGCGGUUGGGUCGCAAUAUAUUUCAUGGUUAUUGAGCAGAAAAAUCAUGUGACUGGCACCGACUUUGAAAAGUUUUUGUGGGAAUAUGCCCCGACUAUUCUGGUGUCGGUUUUCAAUUUUAUCUAUCCACUACUUUUUGACUUUGUGAUCAAAUUCGAACACUACUCCGGGAGACACGAACUUUUAAUCACACUCAGUCGGUGCGUGUUAGUGAGGCUCACGUCCUUGGGCAUCCUCGUAAUUACUAGCCUAAGUGUCACAUCCUCCGGGGACCGAAACUGCGAAAAGGACAACGAAUACAUCUGCUGGGAGACGCGCAUGGGGCAGCAGAUCUACUCCGUGCUGGUGCUCGACGCCAUCAUCCAGUUCGGCAUGACCUUCGUCGUCAACGUGCUUCGGCGGGGACUCUGGAGGUUCGACAACAAGAUCUGCAAGAUGGUCGGGAGAAUCGAGUUCUAUGUGCCCGGACACGUUCUGGACGUCGUGUACGCGCAGACGCUCUGUUGGAUUGGCAUCAUCUACGCGCCCCUGCUAGCUGGUGCUUCUCUGAUCAACUUCUUCUACAUGUUCCUCCUGAAGUUGUUCACCGUCACCGUGACCUGUUUCCCGGCAGAGAGAGUGUUCCGGGCCUCGCGCUCCUCGGCCAUGUUCAUGACUAUCCUCUCUCUCGCCCUCCUCAUGUGCGUCGUGUCCACCGGCUUGGCUCUCCUGCUCAUCAAGCCGUCGCUGGCUUGCUCGCCCUUCAGAGGUCUCGACUACGCCUGGGAAGCCUUGACCUACUAUGUCUGCCGUUUGGACAACUCGUCUGACAGCUGGAUCAGGGUUGUACUGUUCACGCUGGACGACAUGGCUGCAGCAGUGGUUCUUCUAGUCGCGGUGGUUCUGCUGGCAACUUAUUACAUAUCUCUCGUUAAAGCUCGAGGUUCUCUUAUCAGAAGACUCGAGGACAAACUCAAGAUUACAACCAAAGAGAAAAACUACCUCAUGAUGCAAUACAAUCGUUUAUCCCCUAGUGGCACAAGUAAUUAGUCAAAGUAUCAAGGCUGUGUUUAAGAAUCUUCUAUCUUUAAGAUGGAGUUGACAAGCGAAUCAACGUGCAAAUCAUAGUGUUAGGGAUCCUGUGAGGCGAGGUGUGUACGAUUAUAUUGAACAAUGUACAGUACAAAGUUUAAUUUGUUGCAUACCUGACAGAGCUGUGUUAGCCAUCCUCCCCACAUGGAUUCUAUUUGACUUUUCCAGUUUGUGUUAAAUAUCACUGUGAUAAUAACUAUCGAACAAAUCGGUCAUCUUCCCUAGGGCUUCACGUAAAAGAUUUCAACAAUCAAAACAAAUUUUCAGGUUCUUGAAAAAAAUGUGAUGCAAAUCCAGUGCAACGGGGUAAUAAGGAACAAAAAAUCACUGAAGCUGCUGUGAAGAAUUCUUCCAAUCACAGCAAAGAUUAGCAGAAGCCAGUGACUGAUUCGGUCUCUUAAGUGAACUCUUUGACACGUAAAAAAAAUAUAUACUAUUUGUAAUUCGUGUGUAUGGGGGAUUUAAGGGUAAAAUUAUAGAAAUGAAGUCCCUAGUCGUGUUA